CCUAAUUGCUUCUGAAUUGCAGAGGAGAAUUGAGGAGAAGCCAUGCCUUCUUCCGGAUUUUCCUUCCCCAUGGCUCUCUUCUUCUUCUUCGUUGCGGCUGCUCCCCCUCUGCUGGUCAACGGGGCAAGAAUCAGCACGUCCGUUUCCACCCUGGUCCCCGAGACGCUCUACAACUCCAUUUUCCUGCACAAGGACGACAAUGCCUGCCCUGCCAAGAACUUUUACCCUUACUCUGCCUUCAUCCAGGCUGCCAACGGGUUCCGGAAGUUCGGGAACACCGGGACAAUCGAGAUCAGGAAGCGAGAGAUCGCCGCUUUCCUUGCUCAAAUCUCUCAUGAGACCACAGGAGGAUGGGCAACGGCACCUGAUGGACCUUAUGCAUGGGGACUGUGUUUCAAGGAUGAAAUCAGCCCCCAGAGCAACUACUGCGAUGCUACCAACAAGAAGUGGCCUUGCUACCCUGGGAAGUCCUACAACGGCAGAGGACCCAUUCAGCUUUCAUGGAACUACAACUAUGGGCCUGCAGGAAAGGCAAUAGGGUUCGAUGGCCUCAAGAACCCCGAGAUCGUCUCCAACAACUCGGUGAUCGCCUUCAAAACUGCGCUGUGGUUCUGGAUGACAGAGCAGAAGCCUAAGCCAUCGUGCCACCAGGUGAUGGUGGGCAAGUACGUGCCGACGGCCGCAGACCAAGCGGCGAACCGCACCGUUGGGUUCGGGCUGGUGACUAACAUAAUCAAUGGCGGGCUUGAAUGCGGCAAGGGCGACGACAGCCGAGUUAAUGACAGGAUCGGUUACUUCAAGAGAUAUACUGGCAUCUUCAAUGUCACCACUGGUCCUAAUCUUGACUGUGCCAAUCAAAAGUCUUUCUAGGAAAAGGAAAUGAGAAGCAAGUUAAGCAGAUCGAAUGAAGCCAAGAUGAGAAUUCACGUUGUAGAAUAAUCAGAAGGGGAAGAUAUCUCGGUCAUGUUGAUUGAUGCAGCUGAUGAUGGUCAGUACGUUUCUUAAAUAACAGUUUUAUUGUGUGAUCUAAUACAUAAUUUCGUGCUCCAUUAAAUUAAUGUUUAUGCCUGACCAGA